GGAAGCUUUUGGGUGCUGCACCGUCCUACGCUAUGCCCUUCAGCCCGGAGCUGGGAGGAGCACUGUAGCUGGGUCGUCGUCGUCGUUUUUCUUACAGUUGGAGUCUUGAGAUCAGACCUCACGUACAACCGGCAUCAAUACGAUGAACGAGCGGCCGGGCCACGAGCGCUGGACAUUCCUGCCGGAUGAGGCCCGGAGCCUGCCCCCGCCCAGGCUGAACGACCCGCGGCUCCUCUACAUCGGCUUCAUGGGCUACUGCACCGGCCUGCUGGACAACGCGUUGCGGAUGAGACCUGUGCUGAGGGCAGGUUUGCAUCGCCAGCUUCUAUAUGUUACUUCCUUUGUCUUUGCUGGAUAUUUUUUUUUAAAGCGUAAAGACUACUUGUAUGCUCUGAAGGACCGUGACUUGUUCAGUUAUAUGAAGUUACAUCCAGAAGAUUUUCCUGAAAAAGAGAAGAAAACUUACGGUGAAAUUCUUGAGCCAUUCCAUCCAGUGCGUUGAAGUCUUCAAAAGGCUUGCUCCUGUUCACCACAACCUGAAAAUUUCUGAAUUUUACGGAAUAUCUUUCUGUGGCUGUUAAAGUUUAGGUUAAUAUGUUAACACCUAUAAUUAAAAUAGUUAUUGUGA